UGAUACAAAGCCGGAUAUGAAGCAAAGGUUGAUGAUGAGCAGCAGCCAGGUGGUUUGUUCAUUUCAUUCAAAUUAGUCCGGGUCAUUUCAUAUAUGCGGCUGAUACAGAAGGGUCCAGACUACAUCCUGAAACACGGUUCAGUCCUAGAUAUGAUGCCGACUGCCACGGUCCCACACUAGCGGAGGCUGAGGAGGACGCAUGAAUUGAAGCAUCACCCGCGCCGCACGUCUCUCUCCAUUAAUGUGCUCAAACGGGGGUGCGCGGAGGAGAGAGCGAUUCCAGCCCGCAGCCGAUGCCCGGAGCCAACAGCGGCCGCGGUCGACAGGAAGGUGGUACCCCGGCGUCCGCGUCGAUUACCAGGGAUCCGGCUCCGGAGGCGCGUCGCCCGCUGAGGCAUGGGCUGCGCUCCCAGUAUCCACGUCUCUCAGAGCGGGGUGAUCUACUGUCGAGACUCGGACGAGUCCAACUCGCCGCACCAGACCACCACCAUCUCCCAGGGCACCGCGGCCACGCUGCACGGGCUCUUCAUCAAGACCGAUGCGGCCGAGACCAUCCCCUCUGUCAUCACCUACCAGAACCGCCACUCGCGCUCCAACUCGUGCCGGGAGCCCAAGGAGAACAGCGACGGACAUAUCCGCAUCGAGGCCGAGACGCAGACCAGCCGCACCAGCGUCAAGGUUUCAGCUACAGAGGAAUGUGUGGGACCUAUGAGACUGACCCAAGAGCCAAUUCAGGUCCUGCUGGUGUUCGCCAAGGAGGACAGCCAAAGCGAUGCCUUCUGGUGGGCCUGCGACCGCGCCGGGUUCAGAUGCAACAUCGCACGGACGCCAGAGUCUGCGGUCGAGUGUUUCCUGGACAAGCAUCAUGAGAUUAUAGUCAUCGAUGGACGCCACUCACGUUACUUUGAGCCUGAAGCUGUCUGCCGGUUGAUUCGUGCCACAAAGCCCUCAGAAAACACAGUUAUUCUCGCCGUCGUGCCACAAAAACCGCCUGACCAGGAGGAGCCAUCUGUUCUUCCUCUCCUCUGCGCUGGAUUUAGCAGAAGGUUUGUGGAGAACAGCAGUGUGUCAGCCUGCUACAAUGAGCUCAUACAGAUGGAGCAUGGAGAGGUGCGCUGCCAGUUCAAACUCAGGGCUUGCAACUCUGUCUUCACUGCUUUGGAGCAUUGUCAAGAGGCUGUGGAGAUCACCAAUGAGGACCACAUCAUACAGUAUGUGAACCCGGCGUUUGAGCGGAUGAUGGGCUACCACAAGGGGGAGCUGAUCGGGAAAGAACUGACCGAACUCCCCAAGAGUGACAAGAACAGAGCUGACCUGCUGGAAACCAUCAACACCUGCAUCAAAAAAGGAAAGGAAUGGCAAGGUAUUUACUAUGCUAGAAAGAAAUCAGGCGACAGUAUACAACAGCAUGUGAAGAUAACACCCGUCAUUGGCCAAGGAGGGAAAAUCCGACAUUUCGUAGCCAUAAAAAGACCUCACGUUGACAACAACAAUCAGAUCCACAAGUUCAACAAGGAGGAGAGAUGCAGUGGGGAACAUUCUCAGUCAGAAUGCCAUUCUCUACGUCACCGGGACCGAAGGAAAGAUUCAAUUGAUGCCAGGUCGCUCAGCUCCCGCGGCAGUGACGCUCCCAGUUUACAGAAUCGAAGAUAUUCCUCCGUCGCCAGGAUUCACUCUAUGACCAUCGAGGCUCCCAUCACCAAGGUAAUAAACAUCAUCAACGCAGCGCAGGAGAGCAGUCCGGUGACAGUAGCCGAGGCUCUGGAUCGCGUGUUGGAGAUCCUGAGGACCACCGAGCUCUACUCCCCUCAGCUCGCCUCCAAAGAGGAUGACCCCCACACCAACGACCUGGUUGGGGGGCUCAUGAGUGACGGGCUGCGAAGACUUUCCGGAAAUGAAUAUGUCUUCAGCAAAAAUAUGAGCCAGAGCCAGCUGGCCUUACCAGUCACUCUGAAUGAUGUGCCUCCCCCCAUCGCCGAGAUGCUGAAUGAUGAGGAAUGCUGGGAGUUCAACAUCCUGGAGCUGGAGGCAGCUACGCACAAAAGGCCGCUGACCUUCCUCGGGCUGAAGAUCUUCACGAGCUUCGGAGUGUGCGAGUUCCUGAACUGCUCCGAGGCCACGCUUCGCUCCUGGCUGCAGCUCAUCGAGGGCAGCUACCACUCCUCCAACUCUUACCACAACUCCACGCACGCCGCAGACGUGCUGCACGCUACUGCCUACUUCCUGCGCAAGGAGAGAGUCAAGAGUAGUCUGGACCAGCUGGAUGAGGUGGCGGCAUUGAUAGCAGCCACAGUGCACGACGUGGACCACCCGGGCCGGACCAACUCCUUCUUGUGCAACGCUGGCAGUGAACUGGCCAUCCUCUACAACGACACCGCCGUGCUCGAGAGCCACCACGCAGCCCUCGCCUUCCAGCUCACUGUCCGGGACAGUAAGAGCAAUAUCUUUAAGAACAUCGACAGGAAUCAGUUCCGGACACUGCGGCAGGCCAUCAUUGACAUGGUGCUGGCCACGGAGAUGACGAGGCACUUUGAGCACGUCAGCAAGUUCGUAAACAGCAUCAACAAGCCAAUGGCUGCAAUAGAAGAGACCAGCACAAGUAGCAUGAACAGUGACUGUGAGGGUCAGGAGAACAUCAGGAACUCUCCGGAGAACCGUCUGCUGAUAAAGAGGAUGUUGAUCAAAUGUGCAGAUGUGGCCAACCCCUGCAGGCCGCUCGAGCUCUGCAUCGAAUGGGCAGGACGGAUCUCUGAGGAGUACUUUGCACAGACAGAUGAGGAGAAGAGACAAGGGCUGCCAGUGGUGAUGCCAGUGUUUGACCGGAACACCUGCAGCGUGCCCAAAUCUCAGAUGUCCUUUAUGGACUACUUCAUCACUGAUAUGUUUGACGCCUGGGAUGCCUUUGCCAGCCUGCCUGGUCUCAUGGAGCACCUGUCAGAAAACUACAAGUACUGGAAGGGCUUGGACGAGAUGAAGUGCAAGAGCCUGCGCCCUCCCCCUCCUUCUUGACCAACCCCUCAUCGCCUUCUCGCCCCCAUCACCCGGAGCAGGGUGGGGCGGCGGACACGGCCCUGCGGUGGAACAGCUCGUCUCAUCUUGGCCCUGAUGAACGCCAAGACGCCGUGUCCAUCUCAAAUCACAGCCUCUUUUCUUGCGUGGUUGGAGUUGGAGGUGACCUGCCGCCAGUGGAGAAAAGGCUGUCAUUUGAGCCCCGCUGUGUCGCGCUCCCAAUAGCACCUCUAUGAAACUGUGUGGACCUCACAGCUCACCCGACCAUCUGCACCAUACAGUGUAACACACCAGGAACCUGCACUUUAGCUCAUCAGGACUUUUUUUUACCAUUUUUCUUUCCUUUUUAAAGUUCCUUUAACCAAAUCUUUCCGUUCUGCAUCUGUCUAUUGCUCUAAACGAAUCAAAGUGAUUAAGAUGGUGACCAAAGCACCAACGAUACAGGUAUUGACUGAAAAUAAGGACCUCAAGAGAUUCCCUCUUUUCUACUGGUUAAUGUGCGUGUACUCAAAAAGUUCAUUUUUUCACAUUUUUGAAACUGUGAAGGUCCUCAGCCGGAUUGAUCAACUCUUAAGAAGCUGUGGCUGGCAGUAUGAGUCAAACUGUGACUUGUGUCUGGGGCCAAAUUGCUGUCACUCAGACGUCCCCUGUGUCCUACAACUUCCAGAGACAGUCAGCCCGAUGUUCCAGGUUCCAGUCAGGAGGAGCAAAUCACCCAGCACACCGGCUUCCUCAAUGUCCAGCCCCGUCAUCAUAGGUGGCCUAAAAGACGGACUGUUUUGUGUCAUCAUGUCUGGAUUUAAAGAUCCCAAUGUCACAUGAAAGGGCCUGAAAUAUCUCAUCCAAAUAUCUGCUGGUCAUUUCCUCUACAUCGUGGUCUUGUGGCAAUGUGGAAACGGGUGGUGGAGAUCUGCUUCAAAUAAAGAGAUACGUAUGCGUAUCACAACAAUUGUGGGAAUUGAAUUGCACUGUAUCCGAGCUGGUAAGUUUGAGUUAUCGGAUGUUAAAUGCAUAGCUCUGCGACACUAACUGUAGACGCCUGUACCCAAAAAAACAGUUCAAUCAAUUCUGAAUUGUGACAAUAAGUGACUGUUGUGUGGUGAACACAUCUUUAGUGUUUUUUUACACACUUGUAUCGAUGAGGCAGAUGAAUGGAGGAGCAGCAGAUCCAUGUUCGGGCCAGCGUCCGUUCGCCUGCUGCUCUGAACUCUUAUCAGCUCUGCCCCUCACAUGGUUUCUGUUCAACACAUUUUUUUGUUGUAUCUUAAAUCUCUCACUUUGCGGCUACUGGCUCUUUUAUCUCUGGGGGGGAAUUGUUGUUGCACAUGAUUUUCAAAUUUUCUGGAUUCGUCUGACAAAGGCCAUCAGAUCUGUGGAGAUUUCUAUGAUGUGUCUGCCCUCUGGUGGCCAACUGGGGGAGUUGCAGAAGUUGUGCAUUGACAAUAAAUACCUGUAUUUUUCAGAGCACUUUUGUUUUAAAAUUUGACCACAUGAAGGGGAGAAAAGCAUUUCCACCAGAUGGGAACCAUAUUGAACUAAUUUAUAAAUCAAUAAAAUAGGAUUUGCAGAUUCCCACUGCUGCUGUUUUAGUACAGUGACAACAUUUCAUUUAACUCCAUUACAAGCUGUUGUCCCAAGGCUGGACUUGAAUGAAGGUCAUGAGUGAAGCAGGACAUGCAGAUUUGUGUGUGUUUACAUCAUGAGUGUCAAUCCAGGAAGACGCAUACUACAGUGUUAACCAAAGGCACAGAGAGCUCUUUACAGGUGCCUUAUUCUUCGGUCAAACAGAAACAAGUCCUGUUAUUUGGUUGAAAUAGUUCCUGUUCUUAAAAGAAAAAAAAAACAACACAAGAAAAAGCCAUAGGAGUUUUAGGUAUUUAAAAACUAAAGACUUUGGGUGCGUCGUGCUGCAUCUUUGAGUUGACCUGGUGAGUCAGUGUUCACAGUUCCGUCCCGAUGGUCCUGACCUUCUUUCAUUUCUUUUGUACAGCCGAGGCUUUUACACGUGUACGACACAAACCGAAUCAGGUGCAGUUGGCUCCAAUGUGAAUUUCACCGUUGUCUUGUCAGCUUUGACUUCAGCUCAUUUUGCUUGGAAUAGACAGAACUGGUCACAUCAGUGUUCAAUGUGUUCACCAUGAUGUAGUGUUUUAUUGUUGAUCGAGGUCUUAAUCAACGCCUUAAUCUUGUUUCAGUGUUAAGGUCUGCUCAUGUUGCAAUACACUGUAAAGCACCUGAUGGAACUGCUGUUCUUGUACAUACUCAAGCCAUUUUAUCACUUUUUGCUUUGCAUUCUAUGAGAUUUGCGUGCGUAACUUGUGUUUAGGCUGUUCUAUGUUGCAGGGUUGACAUCCUCAGAUCUGUAAAACAAGACUUUUUUUAUUAUUAUUAUUUAGCGUGACUUUAAAUGUGGCACCAGCUCUGAGUGUUUGUGUGUUUCAUGACUGCUCUCACUGACCACGAGAAGAUAUUUUUGCAAGAUUUCUAUUCACAAAGACAAUUUAAAAGUAUUUCAGACAAAAUUGCCUGGGUUGUAUAACGAUAUGAAUGAGAUCUGAUUACAGCCAGUCUCGGCCAGAGUGUCCCGAGGCUGAAAUCCGAUUGUACAACUGCUUGUUAUGCAAUGAUAAGCCUUCAUCACUUCCAGAAAUUUCUAUAUCGGUCAUUCAUGUUCCACACUAAAUGGCCGUGGCUGUGGUUUUAUAUCAUUCAUAUAAACAGAGCAAUUAGAUGAUGAUAAUGUUAUAUACAAAUUAUUUUUCAAAGAAGAAAAAGCAUCAUUAUCAUCAUCAUCCCUGGCGAUGAGAACUGUACUUUGUGUUUUGAAAGAUUUUACUGCCUCAUGCAUAGUAGUGACACAAGCUUUCCGUCAGUCACUUUAAAAUCGACCAUGUCUGUUUGAAAGAUUUAAUGUAUUUUGCUCUCUCUGGAUUAUGAUGUCUUAUUUUGAUGUUCCCUGUCAAACACAAAUGUAUUGUGAGAGACAAUUAAAGCAUUCUUUAAAGAUG